UAAUGUCACUGAAUGUAUAACGCUACAGUGUAUGCCCACAGUGUAUAUGGAGAAUGCCUACUGCCUGAUGUGCAAGGUUGACUACCUCGCUGUUUGGUUGACUUCAAUGCUUACAAACUACAAAAGCCGUAAAGUUUAUCAUAGAGGUUCUGAGGUUAAAUUGUUGAAAUUUGUGUCCAUCAUGUGACAUCUGGUACCUGCACUCCCAAUGGCAUUGAGACGAGAAGUACUGUCCUUGUAUCGAACAUUACUGUGCACAGCCAAGACAUGGCAGGCAAGCACCAAGCUCUUGAAGGAUACCAGGGAAGAACAGCAGUACAUCAGGGAUGAAACACGGACAUUAUUCAAGAAAAAUAAGCAGGUAACAGAUCCUGAGAAGAUUAAAGUAUACAUCCAGGAGGCUGAGGCAAGGUUGGCAAUGGCGUUACAUUACCAAAGCCCCUAUCCAAGACCGGUGAAUAUUCCGCCUAUGGGUCUCCCACCCUCUGUGAGUCGAGGGAAGAAGGCACAAGACAGACUGAGACAGAGAGCUAAGCCUGUGUAUCUGCAAUCCCAUGAUGAGCAGUGAUCAGUGGCGGAUCCAGGGGGCUGCGGUGACCGAAAUUGUGUCAAAUAAGGCCAUUUGCACUUGAGAGACCGCUCCCCCUGGCACUAACCUCUGUGGAUCUGCCCUUGCUGAUUGUAACAAAGACCUGCCAUACCUUCAAAUUGGGGAAUGUUAUGCUCAGAUGCUACUACUUGGUUGGGAAUUUCUAAAAAUUUCUCUUAAGAUGAUAAUUUUUUGAAUGACUUUUUUUCUUUAACAAAUUUCUACAAUUUAUUGUACAGUUUCAAUUUUGUUUCAGAAAUGUCUGAAAAAUAUGGAAACGUUUCUACGUUUUUCUUUUUUUCUUGGAAGAUCAGGCAUUCAAAGAGCAUAUUGUCAUUGAAACCCGAAGCUUUCUGAAUGAUGGUAUAAUCACAAUUCUUAGGUGCAUUUGUUAUUGGAACAAUUUGUGUGCACAGAUACUAAACUGAGUUUUUUCUAAAGUUUUGGCACACCCUUAGUGUUAUAUAUUUUUAGUAUUAUGUAAUUGUUAUCUUUUACCAACAUUGUAAAUAUGAAUAAAAAGACUUGCUGCUCUUCAAAAUGUUAA